AUGAAAAAAUCAGAAGAAAAGAGUUCAGCACUUCAAAUCGAAGAUUUUAUUAUUAUCUGGUUGGAUGCAGUAAUCAACAACGAUCAUCACGUUUUGUUCAAACGUCAAUUUUCAUUAGACAUCUCCUCGAAUUGCAUUCAUACAUUCGUAGAUCAAUAUGAAUGUGUCGAAUAUAUCCGGAGAAACGAAAACGAACAUAUCUUUCUUGUUGUAUCUGGAUCAUUAGGCGAAAAUAUUGUUCCACUUGUUCACAAUUUAUCUCAAAUAUGUAAAAUCUAUAUAUUCUGUGCCGACAAGGCAAAGCAUACAUCAUGGUCGAAAGCGUUCAUUAAAGUUCAGGGAAUUUUUAUUGACGAAAGUCCUCUGAUGACUUACUUGAAAAGUGAUAUAAAAAUAUAUUCGAAUGCAACAGUACCAAUUAGCAUUGGCUAUACGAAUGAGCGUUCUUUGCAAGAUAUCAAUGAAGAGCAAGUGGAUUUUUUGUGGUUUCAGCUACUGAUUGGAGUCAUUUAUCGUUUGCCGCAAACAUUGGGAGCAAAAUCUGAGAUGAUUGAAGAAUGCCGUGAAAAUUAUGCAGAUAAUCCAUUUCAAUUACGUAUGAUAGAUGAAUUCUAUGAAAAAUACACUGCUGAUUCAGCCAUUCAUUGGUACACAAAAGAUUGUUUUUUAUAUCGACUACUAAAUAGAGCAUUUCGUACGCAAAAUAUUGAUAUUAUUUUUAAUUAUCAUUAUUUUCUAACUGAUUUAUUCAAGCAAUUGACUACACUUCAUCAAGAUCAAUUUGGUGACAAAACAGGCAGACUAAACGUUUAUCGAGGUCAGUAUCUGAAUGUACAAGAAUUGGAAAAAUUGAAAAAUAAUAUCGGUCGUCUUGUAUCGAUUAACACAUUUCUCUCAACAUCGGCAGAGUGUUGCGUCGCUGCCGAGUUUUCUGGCAAUGGUGAGCAUCAAUCUAAAGGUAUUGAAUCUGUUAUUUUUGAAAUUGACAUUGAUCUCGCAGUACAAAGACGUCCGUUUGCACGAAUCAAUAAAUGCAGUGCCAAUAAAGAUGAGAAGGAAAUACUCAUUGCUAUGGGAUCCGUCUUUCGUAUUGAAGAAGUGGAAUUGUAUACAGAUUACAUUUGGUUAAUAAAACUGGUGUUAAGCAAUGAAGUUAAGGAAGAGGUAGAAAAUUUGUUUGCAUAUUUUACACAGCAUAUUGGUAAGCAACCAUCCAUUCUUGAAUUCGGUGUUCUUCUAUCAAAAAUUGGUGAUUUUGAACGAGCAAAACGUUUCUAUCAGCGUUUAUUAGUAGAAUUACCAUCAGAUGAUAUCGAUUUAGGCGUUCUUUACAAUAAUCUGGGAGAGAUUUAUCGACAGCAAGGCUAUUCAAAUGAAGCUAUGGAAUAUUACAAGAAAGCCAUCCAGGAAUUUACAGAAACAGUCGGGUUUCGUGAUGAAUGGUUUGCUGUUGUUCACAGUAAUAUGGCUAUGAUAUUCGAGGCACGCGGUGAAUUUGAAAGAGCAAUCACUUAUUAUCGUUGUGCUCUUUUCAUCAUUCAGCAUAUUGAUUCAGACGAUGCUGAGCUUUUUAGUACAGUCUAUCAUGGUAUGGCAACGAGUUUUCAAAAACAAGGCAAACUAAUGGCAGCCUUGCAUUUUUAUCAGAAAGUACUCAAUGUAGAAAAUCAAGUACUUCCGGCUGCUCAUCCAUCGAUCGCCACAACUUACACGAACAUUGGACAAUUGCUUUUUACAAUGAAGAAUAUGGCCCCAGCAUUUGAUUGUAUGCACAAAGCUCUUACAAUUCUUUUGGAUGUAUUGCCUAAAAAUCAUCCGCAAUUGGCUGUAACAUAUGGGUGUAUCGGGGGAAUGCAUUUUUCUCUAGGUCAAGAUUUUGAAGCUAUCAACUACUGUUUGAAAGCUGAAGCAACGAUUGACCAAUCGACAUUAGCACCUGAUCAUAAAAUACGUGAGGAUAUUUAUCUCAGUCUAUGUGCCCUUGCGAAUAGAAACAAAUGGAAUGAUAUAUCGAUUCGUAUCUAUCACAAAAUCGUGGAAUUAUUUAAUGCUCGCACGCCACCCGAUCUUUAUUGGGUUGCCUUUUAUGCGAAUAAUCUCGGGAAAAUGUACUUUGAUAAAGGGAAUCAUGACCUGGCAGUUAAGUAUCAUAAUUUGGCACUCGAUAGCAUUCAACAAUUGUCACGCACCGAAAUCAAUAAGCGCUUGUAUGCUUCAAUCGUUGAUGCGUUUCAAUAUAUUGGCUAUUUCGAUAUUAGUCGGGAGCAUUUUACGCUACUUUUACAAGAAGAAAUUGACAGCAAAUCAUCAUUUGCUGCCAAUUUACACAAUAAACUGGGUGUUCUUUACGAUAGCAAGAGACAGGACCUGUUAGCAAUAAAGCAUUAUACAGCGGCUUUGCAAUGCUAUAUGAAUUGGCCAGAUACUCAUAGAAAAGAAAUCGCAAUUACUCGUCAUAACAUUGCUGUUAUUCAACGAGAUCUUGGUGAUUAUGAACAAGCUUGUCUGCAUCUGCGUGAGAGUCUUAGUAUUCUAAGCGAAGAUGAAUAUGACCUUCGCUCCCAGUUUUGUUCCGCACUUGCCGAAACUUGUACAAAAAUAAAAAAUUGGACUUGUGCACGAGAAUAUUUUCAAAAAGCAAUCAUAUUAGCAACACAAGCAAAAUCUACGAAUUCAGUCAUUGCGACAUAUAAAACUAAAUUGGAGAAUGUAAUAUCCAUGAUGGAUAAUAUUACUAUUGAAAAUUCUAUUCAAGAAUAA